AUGACUAACAUUCGAAAUUAUGAAGACUAUAUUGAAGACUUUCUUGUAGAUGAAUUUUAUUCAGAAAAUGAUAGUAAUUUAGGUUCACUUUCUGAUCUUUCAAUAACAAGCUUGCUACUUGAACCUUAUUUAGAAGAUUAUAGUAAUUUAGUUUCACUCACUGAUUCUUUGACAACAAGCUUACCAUUAAUUGAAGCUGUUAAUAAUAAUUUAGUUUCACUUACUGAUCCUUCGACAACAAGCUUACUAUUAAUUAAAGCUGUUGAUAAUAGUAUUUCUGAAGGUAGUGAUUUUGAUGAUAGACCUGAAGACAGUUCACUAAAAGAAAUUUAUAGUAGGCAGACUUUUACUUUCUUUGAUAUACUCAAGCAAUGCUUAAAAUAUUAUUCUACUCAGAUAGGUUUUGAGACAAAAAUAGUGCGAUCUGAAAAAGAGUAUGUGUUGAUUCAAUCAGAAAAAGCACUUUUCAAUAUUAAAUUGAUACCUUCUUGUUGGUAUUUAGAAGAAAGUCUUGCAAUAUUAGAUGAAAAUCAAGAAUCAUCUAUUCAGGUGGUGCGAAAUGAAGAUAGUCAGAUUUUUAUUAGAAUGUUUCAAACAUUAGAGAAGAUUCACAGACAAGAUGUUGAUAAUAAAAUUGCUGUGAAAUUAGAUUCAAAGAAGGUUUCUUAUGGUCAUGGUCUCAGGCUUUGUAAAAAGGUAUUAGAUCUAGUGAUUACAAAUGGUACAAAUAAGGCUUUUAAAAACCUCCUACAACAAUUUAUUGGUGAUCAG